AUGACGGUUGUAGGUGACCUCAACAAGAACAGCUUUGGUGGAGUGGUAGGGGUGAAACGUGAUUACCAUGAGUUAAGAACAAGAAAGGAGGAAGUGGAGAUUCCUCUGCCAAGCCGCGCCAGCGCAGUUAAGAAACAGGGCGCAGAGGACGGCGCCUGCGCGGUAGCGGCCGUGGCACCAGGGGAGCGGCGGAACCAGCCGGCGCCAGCGGAGGGCCGGAUCCGGAAGGCGGUGCUGUGCCAACGCUGUGGCUCCCGGGUGCUGCAACUAGGGACCGCUCCCUUCCGCCGACAGCUUUUCCUUCCCUCCAUGAGAAGGAAACCCGCUCAGGCUGAUGGUGAUGUCCUCCAGAAACACUGGCUGGUUGAUGACAUGUUCAUCUUUGAGAACUCAGGCUUCACCAAGGACGUGGUCUGCGCAGACUGUGAAAUUGGACCAAUUGGCUGGCAUUGCCUAGAUGACAAGAACAGUUUCUGUGUGGCCUUGGAAAGGGUUUUGCAUGAGUAA